AUGUACAAUACCAAGAACCUCAACUGGUAUCGUGUACAUACCUUUGUACACGAUACAGCGGAAGAUGCUUGGCAGCCAUCAUUUACCCGUUACAAUAACGAUCGUCGUAAGCCUUCGAAGUAUGCCUUGUUGGAUGAGAGGGAUAUUAGCAUUGUUCAACAACAUGCCAUUGAGCCAAGAGUAGAAGUGGACAAAAAUGGCAAUGGGGCACGGAUAUAUGCCAUUGCACAUGAUAUUGGAAAGAGUCGAAACUACGGGAAAUAUCUUCACGAGCUGCUUUGGGAGAGGCAUAAAGGUGGGAUUGCACCAGGCUGGAGGGUUGUCCACAAAAAUCAUGUCACAGUGGAUAACCGCCUGGAUAACUUGGAGCUGGUGAAAGAGGAUGGGAUGGAUAUGUCGUCCCAUCACCAAGACGAGGGGUCGGGUGGUCAGACCAAAAACCGGGAAAACAGUUUGUACUGGAUUACUGUAACACAGCUGCUUGGUGACCCACUGGAAAUGAACUACCACCAUUUGAACAAGUGGUAUGAUUUCAAUGGAGACAUUGUAGAUCCUGCAGGUGAGAGCUACAUCUAUUAUGAGUGUCACUACCCACCAUGUACUAGGAUGGAGAGAGAGCUGCGAGAGUUCAGUAUAUGUGGGCGGUGCCAGGAAGUUAGAUACUGUGGUACUUCUUGCCAAGAAAGAGAUUGGCCCUCCCACAAAAGAUUCUGCAGAGAGCGCAGAAGACACACAAGGGAGAGUACACCGGAUCGGUGAUAGCCAGCCAUUGGAUAACAUGUGAAAAUGAUCCUUCCAUUUGACCUCCUGUCUAGUCUUUUAAUAUAUUCAUUGAUUGAGUCUUAGUCCCACUUUUCCCCCAAGUUAACCUAGUCAUUUCAUCCACACAGAUCAUUUUAAUCUACUACCAUCUGUUUUUAUGCAUUUUUGAUCAUAUAUGUCAUAAUACAGUUCAUAACUCAUAAGGUAUAGAAUAUGUGAUAUAAUUGUGAUAUAAUAUGAAGCGACAACAGUCACAACGCCUACAUUGCUCAAAAUUAAGGGAUAGGAAAACAUUUGUGAUAACUUUAACUUGUAAGUUAAAUCCAUCUGUACUAUAUUUUUAGAAAAAAUUUAUGACUAACGUUGAAAUUGAAUAUGGUAGCAUUACUAAACU